UUCGUGCUCGGAAAGAUGGCGGCGCGCGGGGCCCUUGAGCUGUCUGGGAGGGAAGGGAGCAGCAAUGGCGGCGCCAGCAACAGCAGCGACACCGAGGCGGACCACCUCCUGCACCCGGAGCUGCUCUCGAAGGAGUUCUUGCUGCUCACGCUGGAGCAGAAAAAUAUACCACUUGAAGAUGAAGUGAAGCUCAAUAAAGAAGGCCUUACUGAUCUUUAUGUUCAACAUGUUAUACCAUUGCCUCAGCGGACCUUGCCUAAGACAAGAUGGGGGAAAUUGAUGGAAAAGAAAAGAAGCCAGAAGGUGUUGAAAUAUGUUGAUGAGAGCACUGCUGCUGUGGAGAAUCUAAGGAAACGGCCCCUCAUUGUGUUUGAUGGUAGCUCAACAAGUACAAGUAUAAAAAUACGGAAGACAGAGAAUGGAGCUGCCAAUCGUCUAAAAUUACCUACAGCUGGAAGCACCAAUACUACUUGUAGGAGACUUUUGGGUCCUUCAGAUUCAUCUACAUGUACAUCAGCCUCCAUUUUAUCACAGGACGUUAAUGAGGCCAAGAACAACAAUAUUAUAAUUAAUAACAGCAAUGUAACGGCUAGUCAGAAGACGUCAUCAUUAGUGUCUGCUACUGGAUCUACUGUUGUGAAAUUAAAGAGAACAGCACCAAAAGAAGAAUCAGAUACAGCAAAUGGUCUACAACCUACUGAAGCAAAAAAGAAGAUCCAACAUGUAACGUGGCCGUGAAUCUGUAAGGUUCUUGGAAUGUAAAUAAUAUUUAGCCUCCGUUUUUUGAAUAGCUACAUCAUAUUUAACCAGGGUUACAGAUUGCAGUGGGUUCUUCAUAAUAUCAGCAGCUCCACAGUAGAAAGCAGAACCGUCUUUUUUCCAGUCACUCUAAAAGUACUUCCCAUAUAGCACUUUGAUUUGUUUACUUCAGUUCUAAUGGUUGGUUUGCAGAGAACAAGAUUGUUCCACCGGUCCACCUUUGGAAUUGUCAAGUAUACUGUAGAUCAGCCCUCGCAUGACUUGAUACAGAAAAUUUGUGUGGGGUUCAUGCUCAACUUGCACAGUGGCACUGACUUCAGUACAUACAAAUUCCUGUAUAUGUAUAUUUAGGAGCUGGGGAAGAUAGUGCUUCCAUGUUCUUCUGGACUUCCCAUGGUAACUGAAUACAUUCAUACAUAAUGGUUCUGUUGGUAGGGCUUAGGAUCA